AUGGAGACCUGGCGGAAAGGCUCCUUCCGCAAUGCCUCUUUCUUCAAGCGGCUGACUCUGGGGCGGCCGCGGGUACUCCGGCGACAGGGCAGUGUGCUAAGCCAGGCCAGCACGGCUGGUGGGGACCACGAGGAGUAUAGUAACCGAGAGGUCAUCCGGGAGCUGCAAGGGAGGCCAGAUGGCCGGCGCCUGCCACUAUGGGGGGAUGAGCAGCCCCGGACCACCCUAUUGGCCCCGCCCAAGCCCCCACGCCUCUACCGAGAGAGUUCCAGCUGCCCCAACAUCCUAGAGCCCCCACCCGCCUACACUGCUGCCUACUCGACUACCCUGCCUUCAGCACUCUCCCUGGCAGGUGCCCUUCACCAGUAUACAGAGGACGACCUUUUGGACACUCCCUCCUUCCAGGAGACACCUGCCCCGGACCUCAGUGACCCUUUCUUUUCCUUCAAAGUGGACCUGGGGAUUUCACUUCUUGAGGAAGUUCUACAGAUACUGAGGGAGCAGUUUCCUAGUGAUCCCAGCUUCUGA